AUGGACCGGACCGGCCCCGGCUCAGGCAGCACCUUCCCGGCGCUGAUCCGCAAGAAGCGGGACGGGGAGAAGCUGCGGGAUGAGGAGAUUCGCCGCUUCGUCCGGGCCGUGACCCGCGGGGGGCUCCAGGAGGGGCAGAUGGGGGCCAUGCUGAUGGCCAUCCGGCUGCGGGAUAUGGAUCCGGACGAGACGCUGACUCUGACCCAGGAGAUGGCGGUGUCGGGAAGGGUCCUGGAGUGGCCCGACAGCUGGCAGAGGCUCCUGGUCGACAAACAUUCCACGGGGGGCGUGGGAGACAAGGUCAGCCUGCCCCUGGCCCCGGCCCUGGCUGCCUGUGGCUGUAAGGUGCCCAUGAUCAGUGGCCGGGGACUGGGCCAUACCGGGGGCACGCUGGACAAGCUGGAGUCCGUGCCGGGGUUCAACGUCUCUCAGAGCCCCGAGCAGAUGAGGUGCAUCCUGGAACAGGUGGGGUGCUGCAUCGUGGGGCAAAGCGAGGAGCUGGUCCCGGCGGACAAGGUGCUCUACGCCCUGCGGGACGUCACGGCCACCGUCGACAGCCUGCCCCUCAUCACAGCUUCCAUUCUGAGCAAGAAGGCAGCAGAGAAGGUCUCGGCCCUGGUGCUGGACGUGAAGUUCGGCAGCGCUGCCCUCUACACCAGUCUGGACAGCGCCCGGACCCUGGCCCAGAGCCUGGUGUCGGUGGGCAGCCGGCUGGGGAUCUGCACGGUGGCCAUGCUCAGCAGGAUGGACGGGCCCCUGGGGCAGCGCGUGGGCCACUCCCUGGAGGUGCUGGAGGCCCUGCAGUGCCUGGAGGGCCAGGGGCCAGCGGAUCUGCAUCACCUGGUCACCACGCUAGGGGGCUCUCUGCUGUGGCAGUGCGGGAAGGCCAGCUCGGUGGGGCAGGGCGCCGCCCGCAUCGCAGCCUCGCUGGCUGAUGGCUCGGCCCUGGGGAAGUUCCAGGCCAUGCUGCAGGCCCAGGGGGUGGAGGCCGGCAUGGCCCGGGCCCUGUGCACAGGGACGGAGGAGCAGCGCUACCAGGUGCUCGGCCGGGCUCGGGCCCAGGAGGAGCUGCCCGCGGCCCAGGACGGCACAGUGCAGAGGGUCGAGGCCCUGCCCAUCGCCCAGGUGCUGCAUGAGCUGGGAGCCGGCCGCACCCAGAAGGGGCAGCCAAUCAACCACCACGUGGGGGCCGAGCUGCUGGUGACGGUGGGGCAGCGCGUGGCUAAAGGUUCACCCUGGAUCCGGAUUCACUACGACACCCCGGAGCUGAGCAACGAUCAGAGACGCACCCUGCAGGGGGCGCUGGACCUGGCAGGCUCGGAGCCCUUCGCGCCCAGCUGCAAGGUCGCAGAGAUCAUCCUGCCACAGGGCAGCCGGUCACUGGAGGAGGUGACAGGGGAGCAGGGCUUGGGGAGCAGCCAGGCACUGCUCUGCUCUGCCUGA